AUGGAAGCUCUGAAAACCGCUAGCUUUAGUCCUAUGUCGGUUUUUCUUGAGAAGAGAGCAGCAACACGAAAGCCUUUCUCUUUCCGUACUAGCCUCUUUCCACCGAAACCAAUCUCCCAAGAGAUCUUUCUCAAGAGCUUCAAUGGCAGAUUGGCUCUCUUAACCUCUGUUCUAAGCAAUGCAACAGCUUCUGCUAUAUCCCUAUCGUACGAGAGGAAGCUCUGCAACAAUCAAGCUGCUGCUGAUCUCAGACAAAUGGGCAGUCCUAAUAUUAAGGGUUUAGGUAAAAACACAGUGUCUGCUGUUUACAACGGAGAAGACAAGCCUGGUUGCUUGAAGAAGCUUUCCUUGAAGUUUAAAGAUCCUGAGAACACCACUCCUUGA